CAAUGGUUGGGUCAUCCAUGACAGGCGGGUCCCCGUGGUCUGGGUCCGGGUAGCCGCCGGCACAACUGGAUACCCGGAGGCGUCGUCUGGCGCCGCACCAGCGAGACGUCCAGCUCUCCAGGCGCCGCGUCCGAUAUGUGGCCGACGCCGGAACGAAGACGAUAUUUGUCCGGAUCAUCGUAAAAGCGCCGGCCGCUGAAUCUGGCCUGGGACGGUAGACUGUUAGUUUGCGGUGCCAUCCAUCAGUUGCCCGCGUCUUGCCGGGGCUCACCUGCAUUGCAUUGCCGGCUCAAGGAUAUGACGUCGCGUCGCACCCGUCUGUCGUGCACGGCCAUUGACUAGUUAUCGGGCAGACGCGUUCGGCGCAGGCUCUCUUCGCGAUGCCUUUGCAGCGCGUCGCCCGCCUGCAACGGCGCAUCGUCAUUGCCAGAGCGCUCCCAGGUCGCACAGUAGCUUCGAGGGCGGCAAUCGCAACGUGGUCUUCCUCUCCGCCAAUAGAGGCGAGUCCAGGAGGGGCAGCCGCGCCCGCGCAGCUCACCUCGGAUGGCAGCCGUCGUGCCGAGUCGCUCCUGCCAUCGCGGCCCGCGGGCUCCAUCUCGAACCAGCGACCUUCGGCUACCUCCACUCAAUUCCCAGCUUCCCCGCGUCGGCAACCCCGCCGCCAGCUCACGACGAUUCCAGAUAACACAGGCUUCUACUACUCGCUGCGGAGGCUCUUGAAGUUUCCUUCAUCAUCAACAUCACCGACACGACCCCGCCGACUCCCAUUUGCCACCAUGGCCACCCGCUCCGCCAGUGAGCCCGUCGACCUCCAGGCGCCCAACGGCGUCAGGUACACGCAGCCCACGGGCAUCUUCAUCAACAACGAAUUCGUCAAGGCCACUUCCGGUCAGACAAUCACCUCAAUCGACCCUGCCACGGAAAAGGACAUCGCCACCGUCCAGGCCGCGGGUGCCGAAGAUGUCGACGCCGCCGUUCAAGCCGCUCACAAGGCCCUGCGAGACCCUUCUUGGAAGCAGCUGGCGCCCUCGGAUCGCGGCCACCUCAUGAACAAGCUGGCCGAUGCCAUCGAGGUCAACAAGGAGACUCUGGCCACCAUUGACGCCUGGGACAAUGGCAAGCCCUAUGCCGAGGCUCUCGGGGGCGACCUCGAGGAAUCCAUCACCACCUUUCGCUACUAUGCGGGCUGGGCUGACAAGGUUUUCGGGCAAACCAUCUCGACCACGCAUCAAAAGUUCGCCUACACCCUGCGACAACCCAUCGGCGUUGUCGGCCAGAUUAUUCCGUGGAACUACCCCCUCUCCAUGGCCGCUUGGAAGCUCGGUCCGGCGCUGGCCUGUGGCAACACGAUCGUGAUCAAGGCUGCAGAGCAAACCCCUCUGAGCAUCUUGUUCUUGGCAUCGCUCAUCAAGGAGGUCGGUUUCCCCCCCGGCGUCGUCAACAUCAUCAACGGAUACGGCAAGGAAGCUGGAUCUGCCUUGGUCGAGCACCCCAAGGUAGACAAGAUAGCCUUCACGGGCUCUACCGCGACGGCCAGGAGCAUCAUGAAGAUGGCCUCCGCUACGCUUAAGAAUAUCACUCUGGAAACAGGCGGCAAAUCGCCCCUGCUCGUCUUUGACGACUGUGACCUGGAGCAGGCCGUCAAGUGGUCUCACAUGGGUAUCAUGUCGAACCAAGGUCAAAUUUGCACGGCCACCUCGCGCAUUCUGGUCCAGGACAGCAUCUAUGACAAAUUCGUCGAGCAGUUCACGCAGACCACCAAGACGGUCAGCCGGGUCGGCGACCAGUGGAGCCCGGAGACAUACCAGGGACCGCAGGUAUCUAAGGCGCAGUACCAGCGCGUGCUGGACUACAUUGAGGUGGGCAAGUCUGAGGGCGCCAAGCUGGUGUCCGGCGGUAAGCCGUUUGACAUCAACUCCAAGGGCUUCUUCGUCGAGCCCACCAUCUUCACCGAGGUCAAGAGCGAAAUGCGCAUCUUCCAGGAGGAAAUCUUCGGCCCGGUCGUCGUCAUCAGCCGGUUCAGCGACGAGGCGGAGGCCGUCGGUCGAGCCAACGACUCCACCUAUGGCCUCGGUGCCGCCGUCUUCACCACCAAUCUCGAGCGCGCCCAUCGAGUUGCUGCAGAAAUCGAGGCCGGCAUGGUCUGGAUCAACAGCACCCAGGACAGCGACCCUCGUGUGCCAUUUGGGGGUGUCAAGCAGAGCGGCGUUGGCAGAGAAUUGGGUGAGGCUGGCCUGGAGGCCUAUAGCCAGAUCAAGGCGGUACAUGUCAACAUGGGAAACCGGAUCUGAGCGCGCACCACCGUGCGCGGUGGCUUGAUACUGUCAUAAAUGCUGGCUGAAGGGUAUGAAAAACAGAGAUUGUACCUGCAGUGAAGCAUGGUUGUAGUAACACCCGUUGAUGUCGCUGCCAACGCGCAGGCACUAAUAUGAGGGC